CCACAGCUGUGGUUGGUUCGGCUGCGUACCGGAUUCCCCGUGCAGUAGCGAGUGGUGCGACCGAGAUUCUGUCACUCGUGACCUGUGCCGGGAGAAAGCGAGUGGGAUCAGGCUGCUGGCGACGCUGCGUGUUACUGCUGCUUUGCGUAAGUGAGGAAACAGAGCCGGAAAGAUGGCUGACACCCCCACGAUGAAUGGCGCACACAGUAAUCUAUGGACAACUCAUAACCAGAUGGUGCUGGAGCCACUGGAAACAAAUGAUCCAGAGGUGUACGACAUUAUCCGGAAGGAGAAACACAGGCAGCGGUACGGGCUGGAACUGAUCGCGUCUGAGAACUUUGCCAGCUGUGCUGUAUUGCAGGCUCUGGGCUCGUGCAUGAACAACAAGUAUUCAGAGGGUUACCCAGGACAGAGGUACUAUGGUGGCACGGAGCACGUGGACGAGUUGGAGAGGCUGUGUCAGAAAAGAGCUUUGGAGGCGUAUAAACUGGACCCCAAGAAGUGGGGGGUGAAUGUGCAGCCGUAUUCUGGCUCCCCUGCUAACUUUGCCGUCUACACGGCCCUGGUGGAGCCUCAUGGCAGAAUCAUGGGGCUGGACCUGCCUGACGGGGGGCACCUGACACACGGGUUCAUGACCGACAAGAAGAAAAUCUCAGCCACUUCCAUCUUCUUUGAGUCUAUGCCAUACAAGGUAAAUCCGGACACUGGGUACAUAGACUAUGACAGACUGGCGGAAAACGCUCGCUUAUUUCAUCCCAAACUAAUCAUAGCAGGUGUCAGCUGCUACUCUCGGAAUUUGGACUACGCCCGGAUGCGGGCUAUUGCGGAUGAAAAUAACGCAGUAUUAAUGGCCGACAUGGCGCACAUCAGUGGGCUGGUGGCAGCUGGCGUAGUCCCCUCUCCCUUUGAGCACUGUGACGUUGUGACGACCACAACGCAUAAGACAUUGCGCGGCUGCCGGGCCGGCGUUAUCUUUUAUCGGAAAGGAGUACGCAGCGUGGAUCCAAAGACCGGCAAGGAGAUUCUGUACAACUACGAGAGCCUAAUUAAUCAGGCGGUGUUCCCUGGCCUGCAGGGGGGACCUCAUAAUCAUGCCAUUGCAGGAAUCGCUGUGACGCUGAAACAAGCCAUGACCCCGGAGUUCACACUGUACCAGACACAGGUGGUCUCCAACUGCCGGGCGCUGGCUGCCGCAUUAGAGGGACUUGGGUACCACAUUGUCACUGGUGGCUCUGAUAAUCAUCUCAUUCUGGUUGACCUGCGGAACAAGAACACGGAUGGGGGAAGAGCAGAGAAGGUCCUUGAAGCCUGCGCCAUUGCCUGUAACAAGAACACCUGCCCUGGUGACAAGAGCGCUUUGCGCCCCAGUGGCCUCCGAUUUGGAUCCCCCGCCCUGACUUCUCGAGGAUUCCUGGAAGAGGACUUCAAACAAGUUGCACAUUUCAUUCACCAAGGCAUUUUGCUCACACUGGAGAUCCAGAACGACAUGAAUCCCAAGGCCACACUGAAGGAAUUUAAGGACAAGUUGGCUGGCGACGGCAAGCACCAGGAGAAAAUCUCUUCCUUGAAGGAGGAGGUGGAACAGUUCUCAGGCUCUUUCCCUCUGCCGGGGCUCCCUGACCUAUGAAGACCCCCGGCAGGACUGGCCUUCCUGUGAUUGUGUUAUUACAAUGCACUAAUAAUGGUGAAGAAAAAUAGGCCAGACCGUGUACCAAUGGGAGCCAAUCUUGUUUAGUUCUGUAACUGACAUUUACACUGGACGAGGCACAAGAAGCUGGUGUUUGCCAUGUAAUCAGGUGCCAGAGGAAACUCAGUUCUGUUCUAUCCCUGCCACAGACAGCUACAAUCUGUUCUGUUACUCAUAUUAAACCUUCAGGCAUCUGGCUCGUGCUGGACUACACCCACCAGCAUCCUCAGCUGAUGGGAACCAUACCAUAUUACAGCAGAUGAGUGGUGGGUUAUAUAAGGGUUGAUGGCCAAUACGUUCACUACAGAACCCUGAAAUCCACUAUUUCCUGGGCACUGGGAUUGUAAACCGUGUCCUGUUAUUGCAUCAGCUCCCUGUGCCUUACCACUAAUACUGUACUGCACUUGCAACACUGUUCUAAUAAAAUGUGUGAUCUCUUGUGGUA